CUUCCGCAAGAAGCGAAGUGGAAGGAGCGGACGAGGCGCCAUGCUGGGAUUUUUGGGGUUCGUGCUGGCGCUCUUGGUCUUGGCCCCUCUUUCGGUAUUUGUGGCAAUGCCGUAUGUCAGGAAGUAUUUUGCAGGAGGUGUGUGUAAGUCUACAGCACAACUGAAUGGGAAAAUUGUAGUGAUCACAGGAGCCAACACUGGCAUAGGGAAGGAAACGGCUCAAGACCUUGCAAGAAGAGGUGCCAAAGUCAUCCUUGCUUGCCGAGAUAUGGCAAAAGCAGAAAAGGCAGUCCAUGAAAUCCAGACCAAGACAGGAAACCAAGAAGUUAUAGCCAAAAAAUUAGACUUGGCAGACACCAAAUCUAUCAGAGAAUUUGCCAAUAAUUUCUUGAAAGAGGAGAAAGAACUGCACAUACUGAUCAACAAUGCAGGGGUUAUGAUGUGCCCCUACUCAAAGACAGCUGAUGGUUUUGAGAUGCAUUUUGGAGUCAACCAUCUUGGACAUUUUCUUUUAACAUUCCUGCUAAUAGAGCGCCUGAAACAGAGUGCACCAGCUCGUAUUAUAAAUGUAUCUUCAUUGGCUCAUCAUUUUGGGAAGAUUCGCAUCCAUGAUCUCCAGGGUGAAAAGUUCUACAGAGGGGGCCUGGCAUACUGUCAUAGCAAACUGGCCAAUAUUCUUUUUACAUGGGAGUUGGCUAGACGUCUGCAAGGUACUGGUGUCACUGUAAAUGCUCUGCAUCCAGGUUCAGUUUUUUCUGAACUGAUUCGUCAUUCCUUUGCACUAAAAGUUUUGUUUAAGAUGUUUCCCAUCUUCUUGAAGACACCUUCGCAAGGAUCCCAGACCAGCAUAUAUUGUGCAGUGGCAGAGGAGCUGGAAUCAGUCAGUGGGAAGUAUUUCAGUGAUUGUAAACCAGCAAGCGUGUCAUCUCAAGGACGUAAUGAUGAAACAGCAAAGCAGCUUUGGAAUGUUAGUUGUGAGCUCCUAGGUAUCCAGUGGGAUUGACCUGCAAAAGCCAACUAGACCUGAAUUCCACAUUUUGUAUGUAAGACUAUGGAAAAGAGUUGCUUUGAUGUAAGUUUCACAGAAGCAGUUUUUAGGAUAUGUUCAUUUCCGAUAAGAGUAUUCAUCUGUUUUUACACUAAUAUAUAACUAUUAUAUAAUUAAUAGACAGACAGAUAUAACUGCUCAAGCAGUUGUUCAGUGUAUGGAAAUAUCCACCAUACAUGAACACUAACAUGCCUAGGACUUCACAAUACCCCUACAAAAACUACUUAGUUGUUCUGGGUUUGCAUGGCAGACUGAAUUAUGAACUGCUUGGUCUGGUUUUGCACAGCAUUCCAGGCUACAAGGUUGCUGGCUGGUUUGUAAUUCAGCAUGCCAUGUGAAGAUGCCAGGCUACAAAAUUACAUCAGUUAUCUUUUUUUAAAAAAAUGCAGACUAUAAAAUGCAUACACUAGUUUUGGUGUCUUGGCUUCUUUUGUUUGUUGAAUGAUUUGUGACUACAUAUUUAACAAGAAAUGAUGUCACAGCUUAAAACAGUGAAUUGACCAAGUUUCAGUUUUUAUUUUCUCAGUGAGAAUUUAAUACUUUUGUUCAUCGGAAGUUUAGAACUCCUCCAUUACAGUUUAAUACAGUAUAGUUCACAGGACAGGUUUUGCUGGUGACAAAGGAGUCCUUAGAAAAUUCUAAAGAAUCUGAGUAGCAAACAAUAUAAAGUGCAUAAAAUGCAGUGCAAGGCUGGACACAACAAUUGUCUUCACUUUCUCUUCGACACAAGUGGUUCCUUUCUUCCCUCUGGAAGGUACUGUUGAGAAGAGCUUGAAGAUGUAAGUACAAGCCAUGUUGCAUAACUACUCAAUAGCCAACAUACCUUAACACACACAGAAUUAAUGCUGUUCCUUUCUUAUGGUGGAAGAAGUAAUCAGAGUCACAGCAAGCCCAAUUAGACUACCUUCUAGGAUUCAUGGCAGUUUAGCCUGAUAGACAGCAAAAGCAGAUUUUAUAACUCUUAGAUUCCUAAUAGGAUAAGCUCCAAAAUCUGAAAGGUAUGAAAAGGUGGAAGCUAAAUAUAGUCCUCUCCAGUUACUUAACCUCAAAGUUAUUUCUGGCUGUCAAAUCCAACGAAUUAAGUAUUAUUUCGCUAGUGGCUGUGAGAUGUGGCUAUCAUUUCACUCCAGGAACAGCUCAGAUCACUUUAAUCUGCUAAAAUUAGUGGGAAAGGAUGAUGUUUAUCUAAUAA